AUGGCUUCUAGCCAGAGCUCCUCUUCUGGUUCCAGCACUCUCACUCGUUGUCACGUAUGUUCCAAACAUUUUCGUUUGCGUCCCGAUGGCGCAUUGGUUAGGCAUGGAGGAAAGGUUAAAGGUUCAGAAUGUUCCGGUUCCCUGGCGAAGCCCAGGACCGGGUCAAAACGCGCGUCAUUUGGAAACGUUUCCGGGUGCGCCCCUCCCGCCACUGCCGUCGGCAACGCCUCGAUCAGCAGUGCUGCACCGCAACAGGCUUCUAAAAGCGACAUGGCAGAGAGGUUCUUCAGAAAAUCUGCUAGUUUUUGUUUAAUGGAUCACAUUCCCAAACAUUCAAGAACAAAAUUUGGUCAGACGCUGGCUAAAGUGGUAAAGGAAAUUAUUGAUAAACCCUCUACUUCAAUCAGUUGGUUCAAAUUGCUCUUUUUACCAGCAAUGAUCUUGAGGAAAAGUCACCGCGGCGGCAGACGCCAUAAUCCAACUGGAUUAAUCAAUCAGAGGAUUGACGAUUUUGGCGGACAAUCCGUCGAGAAGAUGGCUGACCGCUUAGAACUCGUUAAUAAAUUGGAGAAUAAUAAAUCAGCCGAAUCUAAGUUGAUAUCUUCGGUAAAGUCUAAGAUCGAAAAAGGAAACAUAAAAAAUGCGAUGCAGCUCCUGUCAUCAACGGACACCGUGGCACCUGAUACUGAAGAGACUAUACGUGCUCUAAAGUCUAAACAUCCCGCCGCACCCAACAACAAACAGCAAAGUCCCUCCAAGGAAAGUUCAAGCUUGUGCGUUACAUCUCAACAAGUACUGGUUUGCUUAAAAACUCUCCCAAAGGGAACAUCAGGUGGCAGUGACGGCCUUACGCCGGAGCAUCUGAAAGACCUCACAUCUUCAAAAACAGAUUCGAUUGAUCUUAUCAACUCAAUCACUGCAUUUAUCAACAUGAUCUUAAAUGGUGAUUGCCCACCUGAUGUGGCCCAAUACUUUUUUGGCGGAAGGCUGGGGACGCUGCCUAUAUGUGUUGGUGGCCUGGGUUUGGGUUCCGCGGCUGAGCUGGCACCUUCUGCCUUUUUGGCUUCUGCUGCUGCCACGGUGGCCCUCCAGGAUCUGAUGUUGCCUAGGGAUGUGAUUUACGUCGAUAACUUCAGAUUGCAAGUAUACGACAUGUGGCGCGCCACCAACGGAGAUGUGGUUGCGCUCGAAAACCCCUCGCAAAAACACUGGAUCGCCCCCUGUCUUAAUAGAUCAGUUGAUCGAUGGCUGCAAUUGAAUGGCUCUGCUUUUGACAAGGCUAGAAUUAUGGCUGCUGGUAUCCCGGUUAUAAAAGAACCCAUGGGUUUGAUAGAGGAAGGAGCCUUUAGGCCUGAUGGUUACACUAUCACCCCAUGGGCCCAGGGACGGUCCCUUGCUUGGGACGUUACCAUACCCCACACUAUGGCUGACCGAUACAUCGGCUACACUUCAGUUGAGGCGGGCACUGCUGCCCUUAAAGCGUCCGAUUUCAAAAAUGAAAAAUACGUUUCAUUAAACAAUUUAAGCAAAAUAUUUCAACCCAUUUGCAUUGAAACGUUCGGACCAACAGAUAAGCACACGUCAUUAUUUAUUAACGAAUUAACAAGAAAAAUAGUUAAUAUAACGGGUGAUCCUAACGAAGGCAAUUAUUUAAAACAAACUCUUUCACUUUUAUUACAAAAAUUUAAUUCCUUCUGCAUUCUGGAUGGAGCUGCUAGAUACCUGACUGCGCUCCAUCCUGCACUAUGCCUUGUAGUCAAUCAUCUAGCUCAGGUCUUACCCGUUGCCAUGUUUGCAAUAUGCAUUUUUGUACCCGCCCAGAUGGGGCACUUAUGCGUCAUGGGGGAAAAGUUAAGGUGCAGACCCAAAUUUAGUCAGGUGUUGGCCAAGGUUUUGAAAGAAAUUAUCGAAAAACCUCAUUCGCCUCCAAGUUGGUAUAAGCUGUUGUUUCUGCUCUCAAUGGUUCUGAGGAAGGGUCCUCCAGGGGAUAAACGUCACAACCCAACAGUUGCACCGGUUACGAAAGAAACCAUAGGUUUCCUAAGGGAGAAACAUCCAAAUACUCCCUCAAACAGAAAGGAAUGUCCACCCAAAGAGUCUUCAGGCAGACUCUUCGGAUCUAGUGAAUUUGAUUGUCUCAUUUGUCAACCUGAUUCUAAGCGGGAACUGUCCGCUGGAGGUUGGUUACAGGCAACCCUGCCCAUCUCUGUUGGUGGCUUAGGUUUAGGUACCGUGGUGGAUUUAGCACCUUCUGCUGCCACGGUUCCUUUCCAAAAUUUGUUGUUGCCCAGGGAUAAAAUACAACAUUCCGACAAUUCUAACAAUUUCAGAAUCCAAGUUUUUGAUGGGUUCCGGACCGUCCACGGAGCGAAAAUUGGUAUCGAAACCCGUUUUCAAAAGGAGUGGAACGCUCCAUUUAUCAGCAGCUCAGUUGCUAAGCUGCUAGAUUUGAACCAAUCAAACUUUGAUAAGGCCAGGAUAAUGGCUAUAAAAAGUGAGUUGGGACCAUCUUGGUUGAAGGCUGUCCCAAACUGUGGUACCAGGCUGGACGACUCUUGUGUUCGUGUCAGUUUGGGACUGAGACUCGGUUUACCCAUUUUAACCGAGUAUGUUUGUUUAUGUGGGGCUAAUGUUGAACCCCUGGGCUACCAUGGUCUUUCGUGUCGGUUAGGCCCUGGUAGACAGGCUCGACACUCAGCCAUGAACGACUUUUUGGUCAGGUGCUUUCGGAGGACAAACAUACCCACAAUUAAAAAACCUAUGGGUCUCAUGGAGGAAGGUUAUUUCACCAUGGACACAGGGACGUUCCCUUGCAUGAGAUGUUACGUUCCCCCAUACCAUGGCUGA